AUGGCUACGAAUGCGACCACCAUAUCACCCUCGGGGGAGACAGCAAACAUGAAGAUCAUGAUUUAUGCCGUCGCCGCCUUCGUGGCGUUGAUCACCUGGUUGAUGCUCCAGAAUCGGGCGAUGAAUCUUCCAGAUGGUCCCCGAGGUCUUCCCUUUUUCGGCAAAAUGUUCUCUAUCGACGAUGGCACUCCGCUACACCUGAAGCUCACCGAAUGGGCUCAUAAAUACGGAGACUUUUACUCCUAUAUGAUGGGUCGCGCCCCCGUUAUUGUGCUCAACAGCCAUCAAGCCAUCAACGAUCUCUUCGUGAAGCCGAGCAUCAUCACGCAAAAUGCGAGGAUUGUGGCCAUACCCUAUGGAGAUCAGUGGCGUAAACACAGAAAAGCGUACCACGAGCUUCUCAACAUGCAAAAUGCCAAGAUGUUUCUCCCGUAUCAGGAAUACGAGAGCAGACGUACACUGAAGAACUUGCUCCACGAACCCGCUGGGUUUUGGCGAGAAGUGACCAGGUAUUCGGCUAGUGUGACUUUCAGCCUCCUGUAUGUCUUUCCAACGUGUUUCCUCGGCAAGUAUCAUUUGAUUGACUGCGAGAACAGCUUGGGAUGCCGUUUUAAUUCUGCCGACACCUUGAUCCCGCAAGAGAUCAACAAAAGAAUGUUGAUCAUGUUCAAAAACAUCCGUCCAGGUGCCUGGCUCGUCGACUCCAUUCCCUUCCUGGACUACCUCCCCGACACGUUGGCCCCGUGGCGCGCCUCGGCAGUGAACAUUCGAAACCAGAUUAUGCCGUUUUUUCUUAUAUUCUACAAAGUCAUGAAAGAAAGAGUACGAAGCGGUACCGCGCCAGACUGCUUCUUGGCCCGCCUGCUGGUGCAAGAGGGCUCGAUAUUUGAUGAAUCGGAACCUCCCCAUAUCAUUGCAACGACCAUGGCAGCCGGGACCGACACUACUGCGACAACUCUCCAGUGGUUCUUCAAGGCGGCUCUACUGUUUCCUGAUGCGAUCAAAAAGGCACAGGAGGAGAUUGAUCAGGUUGUGGGACGAGACCGUCUCCCUAGCUGGGAAGACCGUCCGAACCUACCUUACAUGGCAGCUCUGGUAAAUGAGACACAUCGAUGGGCAACUGCCACGCCCCUAGCUUUCAUCCACGCCACAAGCGAAGCGGACGUAUACAGAGGAAAGGAUAUUCCCCGUGGCGCAAUAGUGUACAGCAAUAUCUACGCCGUGCAUAACGACCCCAAUGUCUUUGCGAAGCCGGAAGAGUGGAUUCCGGAAAGAUAUCUCCCUCGGUCUGACAAGAGAGCUGCACCGGAGGCCAAUCUAGCAGGUACACACUUCGCAUUUGGGGCAGGACGUCGAGAAUGUCCUGGCAAGCAUGUUGCAGAUGCCAGUCUCUAUAUCAUGAUUAGCCGUAUCCUGUGGGCUUUUGAUAUCGAGGGGAAUCCCAAGAAGCUCCCACAGCCAGGUUACUCGGGAGCCUUCCCCGUAUUUGGGCCUUCCCAGUUUGAAGCAACUCUCAAACCACGCUGUGAAGCUGCCGUUCGUCUAAUUGACGAGGAAGCAGAGAUGAAUCGCCCUGCAGAGAUGGAGGAUUCCACCGUCUACGAUGAACUCGUUGCUCAAUUACCAUCAGAACGCUGA